AUGAUCGAUCAACCUCCUCAUGUUUUGACAGGAGCUUAAAGCAGGAUUUUUAGGGCUCGUGAUGGACUUCCAUGGACAGUGAUUCUUCGUCUUCCAGAUUUCCAGCUCAGGAGGCCGCGAUCUUUGCGGAAAUUCUGGAUUCGCUCAUCGUGGAUGUGGCUGCCGAGGCGCACCGGGCCGCGCGGCUGGGAUUUGAUCCGAGGAUUGAGAUGGGCGAGGAGGAGGAGCUCCGGCUGUCAUCGCAGGCCAGGAGCUUGGCGGAGAGUGGCAGUGCUGGGAGCGAGAGAGGAGGAGGAGAGAAGUAUGUGGUGGAUAUGUUUGGGCAAUCGCAUCCCGCGAUCGCGAGCCAGCAGCUCCAGUGCAUGAAUUGCGGCCGCUCCGUCGCCGCUGGGCGAUUUGCUCCUCAUCUCGAGAAGUGCCUGGGCAAGGGCCGGAGGACGCGAGCCGCGGCGAACAAGAACGUUUCGAAUGCCGGGCAGCAACGAAGGCCUGGAUCGGGCAACAGCAAGAGCAGCAAGAGCAGCGGCAGUGCGAAUCACGUAAAGGAUUCCAACGAGGAAGAUCCAUCUUUAAUUUUGAAAGUUUAGGGUUUAGGGUUUAUGCUCU